AAGCUUCCCUCAUUAAAAGCUUCUUUACUGCUACUCCCAAGUCAGCUCCGCUACAGAAAAUGGUUGUGUAAACAGAUGGUCUUUACGACAGGUUGCAGUCACCGCAAUCGGAUGAUUCUGGCAAGAUAUCUUCAAGUAGUCGAGGCCUUAUUUGAUCGAACAUUGUCAGCGUAAAAAGAAGAGGUGUUUGUAAGCUGAACAUACGGGUUCCUCAGGGGAAACUCGGUUAACUUGUUAGCUUACCACUGCUAGCAAGACGUGUUUGCGUGAUAUUCCAGGGUUCUUUCUUUUUAAGCACUCAGUUUACAACGUCUGAGCGAUAUUCUGUUUCCAAACCCGAGUGAAUAUUAUGCAUUCAGCUGGUAUUUGUAGCAAUAAAUGCGUGAGUUAGCAAGUUUGUGUAGUUUGGUUGGAGUGACAGUGUAUGCAGGAGGCCUGAGUCACAUCUGCAGGACGUAUUUACUCAAAAUACAUUUCAACAGAGAUGCUUCUCUCGUCUUACAGUAGAUAAACUACACGAUUAUCAGUUGUGUUCAAUGCUCUAAAGCUUUAGAAGUUUGUUUGCUAGCUCGCUAGAUUAUGGCAUGGUAGGAGUGGAAGAUACCUUGCCCACCAACAUCCUUACAAAAUUCAGCAUCUCUCGUGGUGUUUUAGUGGCGAUAUCUGAAGCUCAGUCCAGUUUUGGAGAAGCAGGAUCAUCAUCUGCAUGUGCUGAUGUUGUGUAACUGGCCUGCUCAUCUGGAUCUGCGCACUUUGCUGUCUGCUUGACCUCACAGCUGGGUUUUCUCCUUAUCAAGAUACUGAACAACGACCACCAUGUCUGACAACCAAGGCAAUGUGAACAACGUCCCACUGAACAAUAACGGCGCUCCGAACCGGAUCCGGAACCCCGCGAUGAACCAGAACCCUUUGAUCAACGUCCGAGACCGACUAUUCCACGCCUUGUUCUUUAAAAUGGCAGUCACGUACGCCAGACUCUUCCCACCAUCCUUCAGACGAAUAUUCGAGUUCCUCGUCUUGUUAAAGGCGUUGUUUAUGCUCUUCAUCCUGGCCUACAUCCACAUUGCCUUCUCACGCUCUCCAAUCAACUGCCUGGAGCAUGUGCGGGAGAAAUGGCCCCGCGACGGCAUCCUGCGUGUGGAGAUCCAGCGCAACUCCAGCCGUGCACCCAUCUUUCUGCAGUUCUCCGAGACGGAGGGAAUCCAGGGCCUCGUGAAGGAAGCAGAGGACGGAAGUGAAACCAGACAGCCAGUGGUGCCCACAGACCCUGAAGAGGAGGAAGAGAUGACCAUGGAGAUGUUUGACAACAGCACAGUACAGUUUGAGCUGGACAUCGAGCCACGUCUGAAUCCGUCGAUGAGUGGCGGUGUUCCUGGCUCCAGCCUGAAUGAAUCCCAGGAUCUGUCCUUCAGCCAGGCCCCUUCUAAAGGUAUGCAGCCGCUGAGGGAGACUGUCUCCGAGAUUGAGAUGCUAACUCGAGCAGUGUGGCCCCAAGAAGAGUAUAUUGUUGAAUAUUCUUUGGAAUAUGGUUUCCUACGGCUGUCCCAGGCCACACGGCAGCGACUCAACAUCCCUGUUAUGGUGGUGACCCUGGAUCCCAUGAAGGAUCAGUGCUUUGGAGAUGGUUUCAGUCGCUUCCUCCUGGAUGAAUGUCUGGGUUAUGAUGAUAUCCUGAUGUCCAGUGUGAAGGCUUUAGCAGAGAAUGAGGAAAACAAAGGGUUUCUGAGGAACGUGGUUUCUGGAGAACACUACCGAUUUGUCAGUAUGUGGAUGGCUCGUACUUCCUACCUAGCAGCCUUUGUAAUCAUGGUUAUCUUUACUCUAUCCGUGUCCAUGCUGUUGCGGUACUCGCACCACCAGAUUUUUGUUUUUAUAGUGGACCUUCUCCAGAUGUUGGAAAUGAAUAUGACAAUUGCCUUCCCUGCCGCCCCUCUCCUCACUGUCAUCUUGGCUCUUGUGGGGAUGGAGGCCAUCAUGUCUGAGUUUUUCAAUGACACAACCACUGCCUUCUACAUCAUCCUCAUUGUGUGGUUGGCAGACCAAUAUGAUGCCAUCUGCUGUCACACCAAUACGAGCAAGCGCCACUGGCUCAGAUUCUUUUAUCUGUAUCACUUUGCCUUCUAUGCGUAUCAUUACCGAUUUAACGGCCAGUACAGCAGUCUUGCUCUGGUCACCUCCUGGCUCUUCAUUCAGCACUCAAUGAUCUAUUUUUUCCACCACUACGAGCUUCCCGCCAUCCUGCAGCAGAUCCGGAUCCAGGAGAUGCUGCUUCAAAAUCAGCAGGUGGGUCAAGGAAACCAGACUGCAUUGCAGGACAAUCUCAACAAUAACACUAGCAGUGCUGCGCCCGCCGGCCAGGCUAAUGCAGCCGCUAAUGCGAACACUAACGGCCAGGACCUGCAAGCCGCUCCGGACCAACCUCUCCUCGAAGCUCACAAUGGCUUGGUGGUAAAUACCGGUCUGCCCAGAGAACCAUCAAACUCCGACCUCGACUGGAUGGCUGAGAUCGCCAUCGGCCCAGACGUUCUGUCAGUUCCACACUUGGUCGACUCUCUUUUGGAGCCGGGAAGGAUCCAGGAACCUGCGUCCUCUGGUUCAGGGGUAACAGAGCUGCGUGCUUCGAACACUGCAGGAGAGAACCAAGUUGUAAAUAUUAGCGCAGCCACUGCUCCUGCGGGACAGAGUUGCGCUCAGGGUCUGGGUCCCCCUGGUGGUGGAGGAGGGCAGACGGAAUCAGAAACUUCCUCGCCAGUGACUUCACACACAGACUGCAGAGUUGCAGAAACGCUUAAAGGCGCCACGGACUGGGAUGACAAGACGGAGACCAAUAGCAAAAGCUCGGACUCCCACUCUACCCCGGCUUGAGUCGCACAGACCCCAUUCUGAAUGAAUGAAUCCAUGCUCUACAGUCAUCACCCCUCUCUGUAAAUUAUUCCAGAAGGCAUCAAGAGGAGAAGCUGUGAUGGAGCUUUAUGUAAUUACAUCCUGGA